GGCUGAAUUAGCAGUUCAGUGACACCGCAACGAUGGCGGAUGAGGCUGGUGCACGUGUUCAAAAGGCGGUAGAAUCCAUGAUUCAAGACCUGGACAAGUCAUGCCUUCGAAGAAUGCAGGGUGACAUGCACAAGUGUGCAGCAAGAUGCUGUGAUGACAUGACUACGACCAUGGAAGGAGUACACAGGUGCAUCGAAAGCUGUUCGGAGCAUUUGAACAGAGCCCAGAAUCAAAUUCAGGGGGAGCUAGGGAACUUCCAUGACCGGAUUCAGAGGUGUGUGAUGCAGUGCCAGGACACCGUACGGGACCAGGUUUUGCCCAACACCACAGAUGCUGAAGCCGCAAACAGUUAUCCACAACACGGAGAGAGGACCCGGCCCUGAGAAGAGAUGUCUUCGUGCGGUGGUGCUCUUCUGGAAUGAGGCAACACGUGUUGUUCUUCCUUCACAUGCGUUUGACCUUGAAUCUACCGCGACGACCCAGCUGCUUUCUAGUGAGAAACUUUUUGGGAAUCUUGAAGAACAAAAUCUACGAUUGCUCAAAAUAUGGUAUUAUGUAUGACGUAAUUUCUUACAUUCCUUUUACGACGAAUAAAGUCAUGCGGGUUACCUCAGUGUUUAGGUCAUAAAAGAACUCUCGUGUAAACCAUUAAACCAUGCCUAUCUCGUAUUGCAUAUGUAAAUGUUUUAUAUCAGCAGAGGAAGGCGGGCAAACAUUCGUCGUACAAUGUAGCAGGAAUAUAGUAUGAUGUGAACGUUUUCCACCUGCACUUGAAAGCGUGCAUAAAUCGUUACAAUGCGCUAUCUCGUAAGGUGUGUGCUGCACUAUCAAAGUCGCAGGCGUGAGAGCUGUGAAAGAUGUUGCUUGUCACAAUUGGAGGGAAAACAUUUUUUGAAGCCACAUAAAUCACCUGUGCCUCUCAACUCUUGAUACGUGCAACGCCCUUCGUACUACAAAUAUCCGCUAAGUUCUUUUAGUGUAUAUUGUGAUGAAGACGACGCUGGGGUACUGGUGUGCCUGACCAUCGUGUGCCAGGCUCCGCACACGCAACCCGGGUUCUAUAAAAUUUUUAUCUCAUUGAGUGAAUAUGUCUUUGUCAUUUGCUGCUGCCGCACAUCUUUGUAACGCUGGGUGGGUGAUUCCAUGAGAGAUCAAACCUGCAUUUCCACUCAACAU